AUGUCAUUCUAUCCAAGCGAGAACACCGGACUGGAAUCGAUCGAGGACGAUAACCCAUUCGCAGACUUACCAUCCAAAAACAAACUAGGCUUCGAUGGAAAACCUCUUAUCAUACCAGAUUUAGCCUCAUUCACCAGCUCAGCAGUAGAAACCAGCAGAAUCGAUGAGGACUAUCAAACGAGCCCAGAUCAACAGCUGUUCAAGUUCAAUAACGACCAGCUAGAAUCAUCCUAUCAACAACCCUUCCAGGACUUCAUCUCACCAUCAUCAUCAAACCAAUUCAACUACCAAUCAGAACACAGCAGUCCAAGCCAUCCAACUGAACCAGCAGAACAGCCUGCACCACCACAAGGACAUCCUGUACUCGACCACCAUCAAACCAUCCGAUCAGAACCCCCGCCAGAACCUCCACGACCCCUCUUCAGACCAUUCGGAGUCUCAGCAACAUUAACCUCAUCCUCACCUACCACCGAUCAUCUCGACCAUCCCAUCAGCCCAUCAAACCCAACACCAAACUCAAGACCAGCCCUGCCCGACAUCCUCGGGGGCGGAAGUCUAUCCGGCUCAUUACUACUACCCGACGCGAGGGCCAGCCUGCCCGCAUUCAAGAAGAGCUCACCAAAACUAUCGAGAAUCGUUCAGAAGAUCGACAGCGACCAGUAUCCUACGGGCUCGAAUCCAUCCAGCCAACCACCAACCCAAGCCAAACCCUAUCGCCCCUUAGGACUCAAGAUUCCUCAGCCAAAGCCGAUCAUCAUCAACCCUCAGCCAGCUCCUGCUACCACCGAACCGGUCCAAAAUCAGAAAAUUGUCGAACCGCAGUCCAACCAAUCCACCCGAUCCACUUCACCACCCACUCCAAAACACGAAAAUUUCGAGCCUGCUCGUCCCACUACAUCUGCAGCCGUCGAGCCAUCAUUCGAUCGAUCCAAUGUGAACAAUCCAGAUCCCCAACCAGCUCAAAAAGAUGCAGCCAAGAAUGCGGUUGAAGAUGCUGCCAAAGACGCAGUCAAAGAUGUAGCCACAGAUGUAGCCAACGACACUGCCAAAGAGGAAGAAGAAAAUGCUAACGAAGUUGCAUCGCCCACCUGUCCAACUGGAGAUUUGUCCGCUUCCCAAGAGGUCAAGACCGGGCUCUCAAUCCGCGUCCCGCCCCCUUCAUCUUCGCUACCCUCACUGGUGCCCACCAGCGCCGACGGCGAUCAUCCACAGGCCACUCAACCCGACCAGAGACGAGGCCAACAGGAUGGAGAAAGCCAAGAUCCAGCCGGCGAGCAGUCUGGCCCCGAUCCCUCGGCCGGCGCCCCUCCUCAAGCCGUUCAGACUGAUGCGUCCGCACCCGAACACAAGCCUGCACAUCCGCCCGAUACGGAUUCUGAAGACGAACGCCCGCUCGCUUCCGUCCGCGAAGGUCUCGCUACCGAUCCUAAUUCGAGUGGUCCAUUGAAAGCUUCGAGCACCGUUCUGCGACGGUUUCGAGAUUUUGUAUGGUUGUUCGAUGCGCUAGUGUCGAACAAUCCGGGCAUCAUAGUCCCGCCGAUACCGGACAAAAAUCUACGUCAUCGGUUCCAGGAAGGGUUUAUUGCCGCUAGAAGGGUUGCGUUGGAGUUCUUUUUACAGAAGACUGUUAACCAUCCUAUGUUGACUAGCGAUCCGGACCUCAAGUUAUUCCUGGAAAGUGAUGCCUUUGGUCUCGAGAUCAAACAUCGUAAGCAUGAUUCAACACAUCAGACGGGUUGGUUGGCGAAUAUAGCCGGGCCACGGUUUGUGGAGACGGAUGAGUUCUUUGAGAACCGGAAGAUCGCACUGGACACGUUAGAGGGUCAACUGAAGGUAUUGCAGGCUUCGUUGACGGCAGCGUCGAAGGCGCGUCGGGUGAUGGCGCAGUCGUUGUCAGAACUAGCUGAGGGCCUGCAGGUGCUCUCGACGAGCGACCUGUCGAAACCAGUCCGGAACACGAUCGACCGUCUGGCGGGGCUCCAUCGUCAGGCCCACCAAUGGGCGCUCGACCAAGCUACCAACGAACUUGAGAGUCUCAUCACCACCGUCGAGGCCUAUGCUAGACUCACUAAUAGCGUCCGUCUCACCUUCGGCGGUAGAGUCAAAUCUUGGGAUAAGCUUCAAUACGCUAUCAACCAUCUCAAGAAAAUACAGGCCAAUCACGAGAAAAUCAAGCGCUCUUGUUCUCCUAACGAUCAAUCUACCGCACUAAUGUAUUCGUUGGCCGAACUCGAAGAGGCCGAACGAAGAGCUCAUGAUGCUCGAAACGAGUUUGCGGAUGUAUCGAAAUUAAUCAAGGCCGAAUUCCAGAGAUUCGAUCAAGAAAAAGUGGAAGACUUCAAGCUUUCUAUCUGUACUUUUGUCGAUGGACUGACCGAUCGACAGCGCCAAAUCGUUAAGGUUUGGCAGGAGUAUUAUCAGGUCUUGCAGGUCUUGUCCAAGCAAAACGCCGAUGCUACCAUCCCCGUUCAACCAGCGCCAAUGACGACGUCGCCAGUCGUCCCCCAAGCACCCGAGGAGCCCCACCACAGCUCGGCCACACUGGAGCCGGCCUCAUCGCCCGUCGACGACCCGGCUCGUGAGCCCGACCUAGACCGCGACCAUCACGCCAGCCUUUCGCCCUCAGAUUCCCAGCAUCAACAGCAACACGAACACCAGCCCCUCGUCGUCCCUGAUGAUGCUGCUGUAUGGGCCGAUGUCUCCCAAUCUUCCCCGUCGCCUCUUUCGUCGUCGUCUUAG